CCCGAGCUGCCCCGUCCCUGCACCACCCGGGGCCCUGAAGCCGGACGAUGCCCCUUGGCCAUGGCGGCCCCGCCGUCCCGUAGGAUGCGGCCGCCGCCGCUGUCGUCCUCGCCGCCGUCACCGCCGUCACCGCCGCUGCUCCUGCUGGUGGUGGCCCUGGUGGCCCUGGUGGCCCCGGCGGCCCCGGCGGCGGCUCCCACCUCUUGCCCGGCGGCUUGUUCUUGCAGCAAUCAGGCCAGUCGGGUCAUCUGCACCCGGCGGGAGCUGCUGGAGGUGCCCACCAGCAUCUCGGUCAACACGCGGUACCUGAACCUGCAGGAGAACCACAUCCAGGUCAUCCGCACCGACACCUUCAAGCACCUGCGGCACCUGGAGAUCCUCCAGCUGAGCCGCAACCUGGUGCGGAAGGUGGAGGUGGGGGCCUUCAACGGCCUCCCCAACCUCAACACCUUGGAGCUUUUCGACAACCGCUUGACCACCGUCCCCACCCAGGCCUUCGAGUACCUCUCCAAGCUGCGGGAGCUCUGGCUGCGCAACAACCCCAUCGAGAGCAUCCCCUCCUACGCCUUCAACCGCGUCCCUUCCCUGCGGCGCCUGGACCUGGGCGAGCUCAAACGUUUGGAGUACAUCUCGGAAGCCGCCUUCGAAGGCUUGGUCAACCUGCGCUACUUGAACCUGGGGAUGUGUAACCUCAAGGAGAUCCCCAACUUGACGGCGCUGGUGAGGUUGGAGGAACUGGAGCUUUCGGGCAAUCGGUUGGGGCGCGUCCGUCCCGGUUCUUUCCAAGGUUUGGGCAGCUUGAGGAAGCUGUGGUUGAUGCACGCCCGGGUGGCGGCGGUGGAACGCAACGCCUUCGACGACCUCAAAGCGUUGGAAGAGCUGAACCUGGCCCACAACGAGCUGGCCUCGCUGCCCCACGACCUUUUCGCCCCCUUGCACCGCCUGGAGCGGGUCCACCUGCACCACAACCCCUGGCGUUGCGACUGCGACGUCCUGUGGUUGAGCUGGUGGUUGAGGGAGACGGUGCCCAGUAACACCAGUUGCUGCGCCCGGUGCCACGCGCCGCCGGCGUUGAGGGGACGGUACCUGGGGGAGCUGGAACCGGGACAUUUCACCUGCUACGCCCCCGUCAUCGUGGAACCCCCGGCCGACCUCAACGUCACCGAAGGCAUGGCGGCCGAGCUCAAGUGCCGCACCGGCACCGCCAUGACCUCCGUCAACUGGUUGACGCCCAACGGGACCUUGAUGACCCACGGCUCCUACCGGGUGCGGAUCUCCGUCCUGCACGACGGCACCCUCAACUUCACCAACGUCACCGUGCAGGACACGGGCCAAUACACCUGCAUGGUGACCAACGCCGCCGGCAACACCACCGCCUCCGCCACCCUCAACGUCUCGGCCGCCGAUGCCGCCGCCGCCGCCGCCGCCGCCGCCGCCGCCACCGGUUACACCUAUUUCACCACCGUCACGGUGGAAACCACCGACGCCGGCGGCGAGGAACCGGCCCCGCAAACCGCCCCGGCCCCCACCGCCGGUUGGGAAGCGGCCGGCGGUUCCACGGCGGCCCCGGCCACCCGCGCCACCGGCAAACCCUUCACCGUCCCCAUCACGGCGGUGGCGGCAGCGGGGGCCGGCGGAGGUUUGCAGGAUCUGGACGACGUCUUGAAGACCACCAAGAUCAUCAUCGGCUGCUUCGUGGCCAUCACCUUCAUGGCGGCCGUCAUGCUGGUGGCCUUCUACAAGCUCCGCAAGCAGCACCAGCGCCACAAGCACCGGGGGGGGCCGGCGCGCGCCGUGGAGAUCGUCAACGUGGAGGACGAGCUGGCGGGAGGUGGAGGGGGGGGCGGCGGCGGCGGCGGCGGCGGCGGCGGGGGGGGCGGCCCUGGGGACAACCGCUUGGCCUUGCCGGCGUUGGAGCGCGACCACCUCGACCGUUACGCCGCCUUCGCCGCCCACUACGGCAACAGCAGCGGGGGCGGGGGGGGGGCCCUGGGCUGCGGCAAGAACCCCCUGCUCAACUCCGUGCACGAACCCCUGCUCUUCAAGAGCCCCUCCAAGGAGAACGUGCAGGAGACCCAGAUCUGAGGCGGGGGGCGGGGGGGGGGGGACACGGGACGGGACGGGGGGGG